AGAAAACAGAAAUUAAAAAGUUUUAUUAAAAUAAAAAUUUUUAUACUACUAAAAUUGUCGCAUUGGACUUAUAAUUUUUUACUUGUGCACAAUAAAGUUCGUAGGCAAAUGUAUUGUAGGCAAUAAUGUUAUGUGUGCAAACGUACAUUCGUUUCUCAAUUUUAUAUUUGUGCGCAAUAGAGCUUGUAGGCUAUUGAAUUGUAGGCAAAAAUUUUUGUGGACAAUCAAUUUUGUAGAUAAAAGAUUUUGUGUACGAAAGAUUUGUAGGCAAACGUGCUUUGGCUAUCGACGCUGUAGGCAAUCGAUUUUGUAGGCAGUUGGGGCUCUCCCUUUUACUUUAAGGCUCUACAAACUUCAUUGUCGUACUUUACGGUAUUCGCAUCAAUUCAAUAACUGUUAUUCCGACAUAUGAUUAAUUAUUAUUUGUGCAAUAGCAAUUGAUUAUCGAAAGCAAAAGCUGCAUUUGUAUACCUUUGAUUGAAAGUCUAUUAUAUAUAUUAUUGUUAACGCACGCUACACACAUGUGUAGGUAUAUUUUUUAUUUUAAUUUACCUUUAAUGUUAUCGAAUGUUGAAUUGUAUUUAACUUGUUGCAAGUCUCUUAUUGCGAAUGGAAUGCAAAGAAGCUAGAGUCAAGGAAAGAAAAGAAGGAGGAGGAGGAAAAGAACUGAAACACGUAGCUUUUAUUUUGAUAGAUACAUUUUCCGUCAACGGAUAAAAUUUGAAAAAUUAUAUAUCAGUAUAGAUCGAGUUUCGCUUUUCCUGCUCUAUAUUUAGUGUCAAGGAAAGAAACGUUGCUUUCAUGUGUUACUCAAUCGUGUAAAAAAAGUUAUUAUAUACAUGUCAUUGUUGCAUUAGGGCGUGCGUACGCGAUACCGCUAGUUGAUUUGAGAAACACCCCUAGCUAUACGUACUAAGAAAGAAAAAAAAUUGUAGGAAGGGAAACCGAGCCGCGUAUAUAGCUGUAUUAUUAUUAGCGUGUAAUGUAUGAUAUGUUCAAGGUCCACUAAAUUAUAUGUCCUAUAGCAAGGGAGAUGGGAGACGUGGGUAAAAUAAAAAUUUACAGUUAGUCGAAACUGCACGUGACGGACGUCUCUUAUUCUCUUUGAACGCAAGACUGUCUAGGACUCCGACUGUCUUAUCUGCGCGCUUGCAAUCGCAAUGGAGACUCCAAACCAUUGUUAUUACGGUGUCGUUAAGAAAGUAUUAUCGUUGGCCGGUCAGUGGCCGUAUCAGAAGCAAAAAACAAAAUUAAUCUGUUUGAGUAUUGUGACUUUGAGCAUAUUUUCUCUCUUUAUUCCACAGAUUGCUAGAUUGGUCGAAUGUCAUGGAGACUUGCAAUGCAUAUUUCAAACCAUGGCAGCAUACAUGUUGACAACUGUAGCAUUAGUGAAGCUGUACACAUGCAAUUUGAACCAAUGUAAAAUAAAAGUUUUGAUUGACUGGCUAUUUGGUGAGUGGGAUGAAUUGGAGACACCGGAAGAAUGCGAAAUUAUGAGGAGAUAUGCUGAGACUAGCAGACGAUAUGCUUUGGGAUAUUCAUGUAAGAAUAUUAUAAUUUUGUCAUUUUUUUUAAUUUAAAACAUCUACUUAACAAUAUAAAUGUAAUAUGACACGUGUGUUAUACAUGCAUGUAUAUUACAUAUACUUAUUAAUUGCGUGUUGACUACAAAAUUUUUACAUAGAUAUAAUAUAAUAAAUAAUUUGUGUACACCAGCAUUCAACUGGGUACUGCGCGGCGGCUACCUUCUAACUAUAAUGUACAAUCGCUGUCAUUAC